UUUGUCUUUACGAAAGCAAUGUAACGUAGUACAAAGUUUUAACGAUGGUAGAUAUAAGAAAAGUACCAUACUACUACAAUGCACGUAGUCAAACAUAUCUUUAUCCUUCCAAACGACCCCCAGACAGUCAGGAAGCGAAGAUAUUCACUUCAAAAGGAACAUUAAAUACUAGUUAUAUAAAAAAUGAAACCAAAGAAACUGGUGAUUUGUUAAUGUUAGUUGAUGAUUUUAGUGAUUAUUUCUAUGGGAAUGCAAGCCAUGACUUUUUUAGUGUACACAACCAGACGUUAGACAUACUGAACGAUGUGUAUACAAACUGUACAUUUAAUGGUACCUUCAACAUAUCCUGUUUCAGCAGAGACGAUGUUACUCCGGAAUAUAACUUUUGGGCGUUGUUGCUGUUAAUAUUUCCCUUUUUUACUCUGUUCGGCAAUGUACUAGUGAUCAUGAGUGUGGUGAGAGAGAGGACAUUGCAAACUGUGACGAAUUACUUUAUAGUGAGUUUAGCGGUCGCCGAUUUACUUGUUGCUGUCGUCGUAAUGCCAUUCGGAGUUUAUUAUUUGGUUAACGGUUCCUGGGGUCUUCCCGCGUUUAUUUGCGACGUGUACAUCGCUAUGGACGUCACUUCGUCCACUUCAAGUAUAUUUAAUUUGGUCGCUAUAUCUGUUGAUAGGUAUAUCGCAGUUACUCAGCCAAUCAAAUACGCGAAACAUAAAAACAAUCGUCGCGUCUGGUUCACGAUUGUGCUGGUGUGGCUGGUAUCAGCAGCUAUCGGCGCUCCCAUCGUUCUCGGCCUCAAUGAUACUCCAGAUAGGAAUUUUGACGAGUGCCUCUUCAAUAGUCAGAACUACGUCCUCUACUCCUCUCUAGGAUCAUUCUACAUACCUUGUAUCAUGAUGAUGUUCCUAUAUUAUAAUAUUUUUAAGGCUUUAAGAAACCGGGCUAAGAAGCAGAGAGCUGCGAAAAAACCUCCCAUAUCUGGUGAACCCAUCACAGGAGCAACAACGGCGGUGGUGAUAGAAAAUGUAGCGCAGACGAGGCAGUUAGAAACAGCCAUAGAUGACCGACCUACUAACACAGGGUCUGGUAGCAACGAAGAAGAACACGAAGACAGUUUCGACAAGCGUUCGGUGGACCUAGAGGUCGACGCUGACGAGUGCCACAUAAUCCCUAAUGAUAAAUCCACGGAAUUCAUUCUUGCCAGUUCCGCGGAUAAUAAGAUAAAAAAACCUAAAAAGAAGAUGAAAUCGCAAAUUAUACAAGACCCGAACGGUAACAAUGAUUCCGGAUACGCUCCAUCUAAUUUGGAAGAUACGAUCAGAGAGCACAUAUCACCACCAGCAUCUCCCAGUAUGAAAGACGCUACCAUUUUGAAAAGCAUGUCCUCUGAUACUAAGUGGAAAAAAAAUGGAAAACGAGUCGAUAGCGACUCAAGAAACGCUUCAAUAGCCUUCCGAUCAGAUGACGAUUUGAGAUCAAGCCAUUAUGAUAUCCGAGAUGGAUCCACGUGCAAAAAGGAAAGGAAAGCCAGUGCAGCGACUGCGCGGUUCACUAUUUACAAGGCUAAUAAAGCAAGUAAAAAGAAAAGGGAAAAAUCUUCUGCUAAAAAGGAAAGAAAGGCCACAAAAACUUUAGCUAUAGUUCUUGGUGUCUUCCUGUUCUGUUGGACUCCGUUUUUCACAUGCAAUGUAUUGGAUGCUAUUUGUGGGAAGCUCGGGCUGCAGUUUACUCCGGGCGUCACUGUUUUCAUACUCAACACAUGGCUUGGAUAUAUCAACUCCUUUCUCAAUCCUGUUAUCUACACCAUCUUUAACCCUGAAUUCAGAAAGGCAUUCCGUAAAAUACUUAAAUGCAGCACCUAGCAAACAGAUUAUUUGGUCGUUUUUACUCCGUAGAUCUCCAACUAAACAUUCCAUUUCACAUCGACAAGGAUUGUGGUAGUAAAGUGAUUUGUAGGUUUAAAUUCUGAAAUGGAUUAUUAAUUCUCGUAACAAGCUUCCUAGUGAUGUCGUGAAAAAACUCAAUUAUUCUAGGUCUACAACGAAUACUAUUUUAAGUAGGAACUUUGAGAUCUACUAA